AUGACGCCCAGCUCACUAGCUGACGAAAGCGUAAAGGAAGAAGGCAUCGAUACAUCAGCGCUCAACAUGAAAAUCGGAUGGGAUGGCGAGAGCUGGGCGACCCAACUGCUCUACGACAACAUCUCGCUCAUCGAAGGUCGAGAAUACAGCACCACGAAAAAGGCCGGCUACGCUCCAAGUUUCCACUGGUUUUGCGAAGAGGCGAGAUUCUUGAGCUGCGAGUUCCACGCUCGUGAACAACUUGCAAUGAUUGCGCCAAACGUUGCCGUUGAAGCGGAGCCGAAGGAGGUGGAAGGUCGCCAGACGCGCGCGAAGAGUGCGGGAACGAAGCAGCGUCGCGUCGUCAAGUUGAGUAUAAGGUACAAGAUGGUUCGUGGCAAGCCGACGCUUACGAAGAAGGCGACUUAA